AUGGAUAAAGAUAUUGAGAAAAUCAGUAGUUGGCGCUCUCAAAGUAUUCAAGAAAUCAAAUCUUAUGCGGAUGAACAAAUUCGUAUUCUCAAAGCUGAUUACGAUCAUCAACGCCGUAUUUUCGAUGAGAAACGUGUAGAGAACCUUGAACUAGCAAAAGUUUAUCACAGUUCAAAACAGAAGGAGUUAUGUGAUGAACUAUAUAAUGCAUGUCGAUCGUUGGACUUUCAAGUGACGCAACUUGAGUAUGUUGUUAUUCAACAACAACGUCCUAAAGUGAUAGCUAUAGAAGAGCAAAUACAAAGAAAAAAGCAAGAUAUGACUAGAGCACAGGCAAAUGAAUUUAAAAACAAUCGAACAAGAUCAACAGACGAAAAUUUUCACAUAAGGGAAAGCAAUGAAAAUGAUACUACAACAGCAUAUGCCCAAUCAAUAUUGACAAUGUCAAAUGAAACACAUAAAGGACCACGGAUGUUCUCAUCCGCAAAUGUUAAUGAUAGGCCACCUGAUGAUAACAAUUAUUCGACAAAUGGAGCUGCGAACGGUGAUGAUUUGAAUAAUAAAUGUCCUAUAUGUUUUAUGAUAUUUCCAUCGAACAUGUCACGUCAAGAUCGGUAUCAACAUGUCAAUGAACAUAUCACAGAUGAUAAUAGCAUAGAUGUCCGUUGUUGA